UCGAAGCUGGAUGGACGAGAGGUCGCUAGUUAUCGUUAGAGAAAGCAAGCACAGGCAUCUGAAAUCUGAUCACCAGAAUAUCAUGAUCCAGGACACAUCGACAAGGUAUGCGCUUGGCUGUGCUGUGAUACCGAGCUGGAGUGCAUUGACGGUCGUGGACUGGAAUUUGUAGACCACCAAAAUGUCCGCCGCCCAUAUAAAAAUGCAGUAUACUUUCAUUGUAAUACUUCUAGGAGCGUGUACUCUCUCACUCUUUGCUGGUGCACAGAAUAGCACAACGUCCGACCACGAUGCAGUCCCGUGGUCAGUUCGUCUGGUUGGUGGUAUCUACGAAUCCGAAGGCAGGGUUGAAGUCUUCCAUGACAGCCAAUGGGUGACAAUAUGCGACAGUCUGUGGAGUAUUGAAGACGCGACUGUUGUCUGUCGUCAGCUGAAUUACAGUGGAGCCGACCUGGCCUUGGUGGCAGGGCUGUUCGGCGGAGGUCAAGGAGCCGUGGGGCUGACGAACAUGGAAUGUAACGGAAUGGAAAGCAACCUCUCAACCUGUAAGUUCGAUCUUGUGGAAGAUACAUGGUGUGGCCAUUCUAGAGAUGCUGGUGUCGUCUGCACGAGUCAAGGAAGUCUUCGUCUAGCAAACGGAACCGUUCCUGGAGAAGGUCGUGUUGAAAUUCUUGGAGGAUCUGGAGAAUGGGGAACAAUAUGUGAUGAUUUGUGGGAUAAGAUUGACGCAGGAGUGGCGUGUAGACAGUUAGGGUAUCCAGAUGCUGUAGACGUGUAUGUAAAUCGGAACUAUCCCCACUCGCAGCCAUACUUUGGUCCUGGAACCGGUCCUAUUCUUCUUGACGGACUUGCCUGUACUAGCGACAAGCGGCAUUUGAGAGACUGCAGUGUAACCAAAGGCUGGGGGAUCCACGACUGUGUCCAUGGCGAAGACGCGGGUAUGGAAUGCGACACCAAACUUACACGACUUGUAGAUGGAGAUUACGAUGAUGAAGGUCGGAUCGAGGUUUACUACGGGGGUAGGUGGGGAAGAAUAUGCCCUACCGAAUGGUCCAUAGAGGAUGCCCACGUUGUCUGCAGAGAAUUAGGAUACCCCCUUGGAGCUCGGAAGACAAAGCUAUUUGAUGGGGGCGAUGGACCGUUUCUAAUGGACGACAUGCAAUGUGAAGGGAAUGAGACCCGAUUGACUGACUGCAUAUUCCCUGGCUUCGCCAACGUACAUAACUGUGCUGAAGACUACACACAAGGAGCAGGCGUUAUCUGCAAUAAGCCUUCAGCUGUUGUAAAACUCCUGAGCGGAUCCGGUAGUUUCGAAGGCGUCGUUGAAUACCGAUUUGAAUCAGAGCCUGGUCUGAUUUGCGAUUCGGAUUGGAGUGAUAUAGAAGCGGAUAUUCUCUGUCGACAAUUAGGAUACCAGCAUGGAUCCAAUGAAAAGCCUGUUUCUCUUGGACCGCUAUCUGGGACCAUUCAUUACCAUGACUAUCAUUGCAUCGGCACAGAAGACCAGAUAGGAGAUUGUACAUUUACAGUAGUGCCCAGAGCUGACCGAUGCAACUCUGACCAUAUAGCGCAGGUUGUUUGUGGGCCACCAAUCGACUUUGACCUUCGAAUGACCGGAAGCAGAUUCAGUGAGCAAGGUCGUCUUGAGGUCUUUCUCCAAGGCGAGUGGGGCUACGUAGCUGCAGGAUACUUUUCACGUGCUUCCCAAGAUACGGCGUGUCGCCAUCUUGGCUUUGCGGGAGCUCUGUACGAUACGUACGACGAAUUCGAUUUCGCACGGUCUUCUCGGCCUAUUCUUAUAGACGAUAUAUUGUGUUCUGAUAGCGAUAUGAAGAUAACCGAUUGCUACAGACUUAAGUUGAGUGGACCCAAUUCGACCCGCCAACAAUCGGAUGAAGCCAGUGUGCUAUGUUUUCCAUAUGAAAGUGUCGCUAACCACCCAAUGAGGUUUCGAGAUGAAAAUGGAGUGGUGAACAGGAAUUAUGGAGUCAUUGAAAUAUACCAUGAUGGAGUAUGGGGUCCAAUUUGCGACUCUAGCUUUUACCAAUAUGAGAUCCUUUGUCGUCAGCUCGGGCAUAAAGAUAUAUCACAAGGAGGCACCCUAAUGAACUACGAUGGGAAGUACACAUCUGAUGGUCCGAUCUGGUUCCGUUUGUCAUACUGCCCGUCGUACUCUUCGUCAUAUGGUGUUGAACACGACAAGAUCUAUGAAUGCAGACAUGGUCCGUGGGGUUAUUCCGGCGAUUGCAGCAGAGAUUAUCUAGCUACUGCCAGAUGUGUGUAUGUGGACCAGUCGUUAGAUUAUGACACAACUCCAGAUGUUAGUUAUAGCAGAAGUCUAUCCGGCUGGGAGGUCCUUCUAAUCGCCAUCGCUGUAGUCGUACCGACCUGUUGUAUCAUCGGCUGCUGCUAUCACAGUCGACGCACGCCGACCAACGCCACCACCACGGGAGCCUCCGCUGCCUACACAGCUGCAGCUACAAAUGAUACCCACGAUGAUCAUGUUGAUGGGGUUUGUGCGGAAUCGCAAAAUCCAUCACCGCCCUACGAACCACCAUCCCCUACCCCUGAAGAGUCUCCGCCCACUUACGAUUCAGUGGCCACGCCUAUGAUGGGUCAAAAUGGCAAUAACCCCAAUGCAGAGAGUUGAUGUAGAUGUAGGAGUGAAUGUUUGCAAUUGUCAUUUGAGGCUUGUGAUCAUGGACCUACUACUAUGUGAUAUAUGUGAGUUAGAGGGGGAAAGUGAGGGGAUAAAGAAGGUUAAAUAAUAAGAAGAGGAAGGAGAAGAGAAAGAAGAAGAGGAGAAGGUAGAAGAAAACGAAGUUGAUGCAAAAGAAGAAGCAGGAGAAGAAAAAAAAGAAGAAACAGUAUAAUAGAAAGAAGAGGAGACAAAAAAUAAUGAAGAGAAGAUGAAGAAGAAAGAGAGAACACACAAAACGAGAAGGGGAAGGCUAAAUAAGAGUGGGAGGAGUUAGAAAAACAAGAAGAAACGAAGGGAGAAGGUGGGAUGAAGAACAAAGAGAAGAAAAAUAGGAAGAGGUCAGUGAGGAGGUUGAAGCUCGGAGGAGAACGAGAAGAAGAGGUAGAAAAUGAAUGAGUGGAGAAUACCCAUAUCUAUAUACUCCAUCCCUUGUAGGAGACCUUCCUUCCAUCUUAUUUAUUUGUAAAUGUGUAAUACUGAUCAAGACGUCAACAUUUGAUAUUGUAUUUAGUGGGAUGGUUUACAAGUUAAUGUUUUUGAGAUGGUACGAAGAUACAUUUUUUGUGAAUGUAUUCAUAUAAAUAUGCCCUCCCCUAAUCCUUAUAGGGUUAAAGGACUUCUCUAAUGCAUCAUGGCCAAUGCCAUUUUAUACCAGAGUAAAGAACGUGCUCUUCACAAACCAAAUUCCUCAUUGCGUGUGUUUAGGGAAAAGCUGCAAAAAUUGUGGAAAUAAAGGCCCAUCGGUAAAAAUUGUUUGGUAAAAUGCGACUGAUUCUGUGUAAAGUUUACACAAUGUCAGUCAUGAAACAUGUUGGUUACCUUGUUUUUU